AUGUCGAAGCAAGAUUCCUUUGACGAUGGGGAUCUUCCUCCCCCAUACACUGAAUCCGGUCCCUCAGCAUCACUACCUACAUCAGAACCACGACAGUCAGUCACGACUAUCUUUUCCUCACAUUUAAACAAUCUUCCUUUACGCAUUCAAUCCGUCCAAGCAGUCCGCAACUCAGCGCGCGAUGAACGGGAUAGUGAAAUUCUCACUCUUCUGGUACCUCACAUUGAGAAUAUGCUCUCGUCAAUAGCAGCUAUGGAGCCGCCACCACGAGUCGUCGAAAUGACCAUGGUGCCAGAAGAAGCAGUUGGCGAGGGAUGGUUCUUCAGCGAUGAAGAUCAAUCCCGAACUGUUGUGCGCGUUCGAGAAGACCGCAAAUUAGUCGGAGACCAAAAGAAGCCUUUGAAGCAAAGUCAACCGCCCAGAAAUAGAGCCUUCGACGACUGGGGUCGAUGGGAAGACGAUACCCAAGAAUCUGCCUCAGACGACGUCCUCUGGUGGUCAGACCACGACAUGGCAGUUCGUCUAGCAAAGUACAUCUCCCCAGAACGAGUUGAUCGUCAAACCGUCAAAGCGCACGUUGAACAAGCAAAGAAAGCAUCAAGAUGGGGCCUAUUCAAGAAAUCUGAACCAUCUACUCCACCGGCGCCAGUACCGAAGGUUCAGGAGGAAGAGCCGGUCACUAUGACGGUCAAGGCUGAGGAGGUUACGUUUCGGAGGGAGAAUGAGAUGGGCAUUUGGGAAGGGAAGACAGGAUGGGGCUUGGUGGUCAAGAAUCCUGCCUCAACGCCAACAAGCACCAUGGCUUACAACGUCCUCGUAACAGGCUCAUCCGGCCAUCUCGGCACAGCCCUCAUGCUCUCCCUUCCCACAUUCGGCUUCACACCUCUUGGGAUCGACAUCUUGCCCUCCGAGAACACAACACACGUUGGAUCAAUCUCAGACCGCGCCUUCAUAACAUCUCUUCUUCAGAAAAAUCCUAUCCAGCAUGUCCUCCAUGCAGCGACGUUGCAUAAGCCCCAUGUUGAAAGUCACUCCAAACAAGACUUCAUCGACACAAACAUCACCGGCACCCUCAUUCUUCUCGAAGAAGCCUCCAAACUCGGUGCUCAAAUCGAAAGCUUCAUCUUCUUCAGCACAACAAGCACUUUCGGCGCAGCGCUGAGUCCAAAACCCGGUCAACCCGCUGCCUGGAUCGACGAAACCGUCGUUCCCAUCCCAAAGAACAUCUACGGCGCUACAAAAGUUGCAGCGGAGGAUCUAUGCUUCCUUGUCCAGAAACAAACAGGCAUGCCUGUUUUAAUCCUCCGCACGAGUCGCUUCUUCCCAGAGCAGGAUGACGAUGAAGAUCGUAGAGCAGCUGUCUCAGACGACAAUCUCAAAGUCCUCGAACUAGCCUACCGCCGCUGCGACAUCGAGGACAUAGUCCGCGCGGCAGUCUGCGCCAUGAAUAAAGCGCGAGAGAUAAAGUUUCGGAAGUACAUCAUCAGCGCACCGCCGCCUUUUCCUAACGACGCUGAUACUCUUGCGAUGCUGGACAAAGACCCUAAGCAGGUGUUUGAGACUGUUGCGCCGGAGUGUGUGCAGGUUUUCAAGGAUAAGGGAUGGAGUCACUUGAAGAGGAUUGAUCGUGUUUAUGAUUCUAGUAGAGCGGCGGAGGAGUUGGGGUGGAAGCCGGAGUUUACGUUCAAGAAGGUUGUUGAGUUGGUUGGAGAGGGGAAGGAAUGGAAGAGUGAGUUGACGGGGAGGGUUGGGAAGAGGGGAUAUCAUGCUGUUAGUCAUGGAGUUUAUACUGUGCGAUGA